AUGGACAGGCCAAUUGUUUUGCUGGUGCUAGAGGAUAUUGCUUUUCCAGCUGGAUUUACUUGGGGUGCAGCUACAGCGGCAUAUCAAAUUGAAGAAGGUUGGAAUGCAUAUGGAAAGGGCCCUAAUGUCUGGGACACAUUCACCCAUCAGGGAGGAGAUCGAGUUUUCAAGAACCAGACUGGUGAUGUAGCUUGUGGCAGCUACACUCUGUGGGAGGAAGAUUUGAAAUGUAUCAAACAGCUUGGAUUGACUCAUUAUCGCUUUUCUCUUUCCUGGUCACGUCUGUUACCUGAUGGGACGACAGGUUUCAUCAACCAGAAAGAUCGUUGUGAAAAGGGCAUAGCCCCAGUUGCAACAACACCUGGUACCAGAGCUUCCAAGGCAGCUGUCCUUUACCUUAGAUAG